AUGAAGAAUAUAGGUGCAGUAGAAAGUGAUUCCGAUCGACUCUGUCAUGAGGAGAAGGAAACAGCAGAACAUGUCCCAUCUUGGUCACAAAUACCAAAGGGGGAUAAAGGUGAUCGUGGACAAGAUGGCAGAGAUGGUUUACCAGGGCCCCCAGGCUUACCUGCUGCUGCUGGAGAAGGUGUACAAUAUAUUCCAAUGCCUGGACCGCCAGGACCACCCGGACCACAAGGCCAGCCAGGACUUUCAAUUUCUGGACCAAAAGGUGAACCAGGCAUGGAUUCACGAAGUGGUUUCUACGGUGAUGCUUCCUAUUAUGCUCGACCUGGUGGACGUUCUUCAUUAGAUGAAAUCAAAGCAUUGCGUGAACUGCAAGAUUUGAGAGAUCGACCUGAUAGUACUUCGGGUUUGGGAAACACUGUUUGGUGA